GUGAGCGGGUUUAGCGCAGAGCUCUCCUCGUUGUGUCAGUCACACUGAGCCACACUCCGGGGAGAACAGCUGCGCCUCUCUCUCUCUCUCUCUCUCUCUCUGCGCAUUUCAUUCAAACUACAACAGAUCCCUCGGCUCAUCUGCGUCUCUUCUUACAAUGAACGCGAGCUUUCUGAGUCUCUCUCUGGCGUUUCUCACCGUGCUGGACUUGUGCAGAUGUCUUCAGAGGAAGUAUUACAUCGGGAUUCACGAGGUGGAAUGGAAUUACGCACCAAGCGGACGCAAUCUAAUCACCGGUCUGCAAAUCAAACAAGACGAGCAUGCAUCCAUAUUUCUGGAGAAUGGUCCAACCCAGAUUGGUAGUGUGUACAAAAAAGCUGUCUAUAAGCAGUACACAAAUGAAACUUUCACUACUGAGAUCCCGAAGCCAGAGUGGCUGGGCUUCCUCGGACCUAUGAUCCGGGCUGAAGUGGGUGAUGACAUUGUGGUGCACAUGAAGAACUUUGCAUCUCGACCUUAUUCAAUUCAUCCUCAUGGGGUCUUCUACAAGAAGGAUUCCGAAGGUGCACUAUAUCCAGAUGGUACAUCUGGUAAGGACAAGGAAGACGAUGCUGUGUCUCCCGGUCAAGACUACACAUACACUUGGAAGGUGACGGAAGAGUUUGCUCCUACCAAAGCUGAUCCCAGCUGCCUCACCUGGAUCUACCACUCCCAUGUAGAUGCACCAAGAGACAUUGCAACAGGACUUAUCGGGGUUCUGCUCACCUGCAAUAAGGGAGUGCUGGACACCUCAGGAAAUCAACGUUCUGAUGUGGAUCAGGAGUUCUUCCUGAUGUUCAGUGUGGUUGAUGAAAAUCUUAGCUGGUAUCUUGAUGACAACAUUCGCAAGUUCGUCCCUCGUGGUGUUAAUCUUAAAGAAAAUGAAGAUUUUCAGGAGUCUAACCUGAUGCACUCAAUCAAUGGCUUUGUAUUUGGUAACUUGCCCCCGUUAAACGUGUGUAUCGGACAAACAGUGUCUUGGCAUCUCUUUGGGAUCGGCAAUGAAGUCGAUAUUCAUUCUGCCUACUUUCAUGGCCACACCCUUCUUAACCGCGGGCACCGUACCGAUGUGCUCAGCCUGUUUCCUGCCACUUUUGUCACAGCAACAAUGGUUCCCAUGACGGCAGGAAAGUGGAUGUUAAGUUGCCAAGUUAAUGACCACAUGCAAGCAGGCAUGCAGGGCUUCUAUGAAGUGUCUUUGUGCGGUAAGGAAGCACCCGCAGCACCCCCUGGCCGUGAGAGACAUUUCUAUAUUGCUGUUGAAGAAGAGAUUUGGAAUUAUGCCCCCUCAGGAAUAAACAGAUUCACAGAUGAACGGCUAGAUAUGGAAGGAAGUGACUCUGCAGAAUUCUUCAGUCAAGUGGAAGGCAGGCUGGGUGGGAGCUACUGGAAAGCCAGAUACAUUGGAUAUCAAGAUGACACAUUUACCCUAAAGAACGAGCAACAAGGCUCAGAACACCAUCUUGGCUUUCUGGGUCCAGUCAUUAGAGGAGAACAAGGAGAUGUCAUUGUGGUAACCUUUCGCAAUAUGGCAUCCAAAGACUUUAGCUUGCAACCCCAUGGUCUGUCGUAUGAUAAAGUUUAUGAAGGGGCCAUGUAUCAGGAUGGUUCUCAGAAAGCAGGGGCCAGCGUGGCACCAAAUCAGACGUUUAUCUAUCGAUGGCGGGUGACUGAAGGUCCCUCAGAGAGCGACCCACCCUGCCUGUCAUACCUGUAUUACUCGAGUACAGAUCCUGUACGUGACACCAAUUCUGGGUUGGUGGGACCAUUACAGGUGUGCAAGAAAGGAGCUCUUGAUGGAAGUGGUCGACAGCAUACAGGGUCAGAGGUGCAGAAAGAGUUUUUCCUACUUUUCUCGGUCAUCGAUGAGAACGAAAGCUGGUAUCUGGAGAAGAAUAUUGCCGAGUUUGGUAGUGACAAGUCAGACGCAGAAAGCGAAAUAUUUCAGGAGAGCAACAAAAUGCACUGUGUAAAUGGUUUCAUGUACGGGAACUUACCUGACCUUGAUUUGUGCCUGGGGGACCAUGUUGUGUGGCACAUGCUGGGCUUGGGCACAGAGGUGGAUCUUCACGGCGUUUAUUUCCAGGGAAACACAUUUCAGCGGGACGGAACUACGCAUGAUACACUUAACCUCUUCCCACACACUAGUGUUACUGUCUCCAUGAUACCAGACAAUGAGGGUGUUUUUGAGCUGAGCUGUCGGACAACUGAUCAUUACCGUGGUGGAAUGCUCCAGAUGUACACAGCCAAACCCUGCACACGAAGCCAAAACCUUGGAUCAGAGGAUACAACCUUCCGUCCUGAUGUGUAUUUCUACUUGGCUGCUGAAGAAGUGGUGUGGAACUACGCCCCAAAUCGGACAUGGGAGUUGAAGAAACAUCACACAACAUUAGGUGACAGUCCUGGGAAUGUUUUCCUCAAAAAAUCGGGGAAUCGGAUUGGCCCUGAGUACAAAAAGGUGGUGUACCAGCAGUACACAGAUGACACAUUUACAACCAAGAAGCCCAGAGGUCCUAACGAAGAGCAUUUAGGCAUUCUGGGUCCCAUUCUUAGGGUCGAGGUUGGUGAGAGGGUCCAGGUUGUAUUCAAGAACAAAGCCAGCAGGAAUUAUUCAGUUCAUGCUCAUGGCGUGAAGGCUAGUAACAGACGCAUGGAAUCUGUUCCUCCAGGGAACGUUAUGAAGUAUAACUGGACUAUCAGGUCAGGUCCUGGACGCACCGAGUCCAACUGUAUAACCUUUGCUUAUUACUCAUCUGCUAACUUCGUUAAGGAUUUGGCGAGUGGCUUGGUUGGACCAUUGAUAGUGUGCCGUAAAGGGACUUUAGACAAAAAUUCCAGACGCCGAGGAGACGUGGAUAAAGAAUUCGCCUUGCUUUUUAUGGUGUUCGAUGAAAAUGAAUCCUGGUAUCUGGACAACAAUAUAGAAACCUACCUGAAAAAGGUUCCUGACAACUUCAACAAAAAUGAUGAGGGAUUUUUGGAAAGUAACAUGAUGCACGGUAUUAAUGGAAAGCUGUAUGCGAACCUGCAUGGUUUGAAGAUGGAGCAAGGAGAUCGGACUGAGUGGUAUUUAAUGGGGCUGGGAAAUGAGAUAGAUAUGCACACCGUGCACUUUCACGCUCAGAGUUUUAUAUACAAGAUGGAUUAUCCACACAGAGCUGACGUGUAUGACUUGUUCCCAGGAACAUUUAAGUCUAUAGAGCUGGUAGCUGGGACUCCUGGGACGUGGCUUCUUCACUGUCAUGUGACAGACCACAUCCAUGCUGGCAUGGAGACAACCUUUACCAUUAACGCUGCAGAUAAAAGAACUGUGAUCCCUAAUGGAAAUUGCUGCACAUGUUUGCAAAGUUUACCACAAAUGCUGCUAUUCAUCAUAGUGGCCUUCUGGCUCCAGUGACUCAGAAGAGGUGAUGUUUCUGGAGACCAAUCAGAAUCUGCUUCACUCUUAACCUGUGGUUUCAGUGAAGAUGAGUGGGAGGCAGAAAGGAACAAAACACAUGACUGCACUAGACAUGAAGUCAUUUUUGAUGAACAAAUUGCAUUCUGCCUUUACAAACACUUUGUCCAGUUGGCAAAAAAACAAGAGACUUACUGAGAAUGCCUUAAAUACGCAGAAUGCCUUUGAUACGAUUAUUGUGUGCUCAUGAAUUCUGAAACAUAUCUACCAUGAUUUUUUUUUCUCCAUGUACACUGAUAUAAUUAAGCAAGAACAACUCUACUGACUCUUGUGGUGUUAGAUUUAAACUUUAUUUUACAUGGCACAAGUUUAGUGCUGCACUGAAUUUUGCAGAAUCAAUCUCAGAUGCAAAGAUUUUAUAUAAAAGAACAAAACAAAAAAAGGGAGAGGUUAAAAAACAGGGUAGUGGUGCACAUAUGCAAUGUGAGUAACUCAGUGUUGUUUUUUUGUUGUGUUUUUUGCUUUAGCACUGUGACUCCUUGAGCGCUAAAAUUUGCACAUCUUCCACUAAUGCCUUUGCUGUUCAAAAGUGUUAAAUGUGAAUACUAAUAUUAAUAAACAUAAAUAUAAUAAUA